GUGUACAAUCUCUCCGAGGAAGAGCUUGAAGCACAGCUUUCUCUGAAGCUGGCCCGCUUUGCCAGACUCCUCCAGCUGGAUAGUGAGGAGGCUUUGCUCGUCAAUCUUUACCAAAGUCAAGCUCCGAAAGUCAACCCUGCCGAACAAGAGCGGGCUGAGCCGGCGUGCCAACGACCUGAGGAUCAGGAGACCUUGUCGAGUGGUGAUGGCCGCCCGACGGCCCUGGGGACAAGAUCUGCCUUUGGGCCCUGCCCGGGUGGAAACGAGCCCGAAAAGUUGUCCUCUUUGCCCAUAGCCGGAGCGGAGCUCCAACCGAAUCCCAGUUAUUUACUUUCAAGCAUCGCAAAUGUCUUGCUCGCCCAACUGCCUCAGUUCGCGGCCAAAUUGAAUUACAAUGAGCCACGAUCGCAGCACCCGCCGCAACACCAGCAACAUCGACAACAACCGCGUCAGCGCCAGCAACAGCCCGCCCCUGCCGGAAUCGAGUCGAGCCCUCGUCGAGGGCUACGCUCCGCAACCUCCGACCUCAGUUCACCAACUGCCGGGCUGGUGACGUGUGAAGCCUUGAACGGUCGUGCCAAGGCCAGCGACGAGGUGUUCCUCAGUCCGGCAGACGAGCCCUGCGGCCCAAACGAGUCGACCACUUCAGAGUCCGCAGAGAUGAUGCCUCUUGCCUACUGGACCAGGUAUGCCCUUCGAUACUAG